UCGUCUCAGAAGUAACGGAUAAACAUGGCCGACAGCAUUUCACAGAACACCCGUGGUGUGCGGCAAAACGACAUAUCGUUCCUUAGCAUUGACAUGUUUGUUUCAACUCAAAUUAAUAAUAUAUAAGUUUUUAAAACGAAAUCACUUCAAAAACCUGUCACUAUGGGCAGUUCCACCCAAAGCUCCGGAAAAAUAACACCAUUCCAACAGAUGAUAUCUUCAGGGUCCGGAGCUUUGAUAACCAGUCUCUUUGUGACUCCUCUUGAUGUAGUAAAAACAAGACUGCAAGCUCAGCUCAAGCCUAUCCCAAAAUCUCCAUGUUACCUGUUCUGUAAUGGUCUCAUGGAUCAUCUGUGUUUAUGUGCCAAUCUUGGAUCCCCUUUCCGUCCAUUUCCUCAUGCUCCUCAUCCUCCUUUUGAUUCAACAUUGGAUGCUUUGAUGAAAAUUCCUCGCUAUGAAGGCAUCUCAGCAUUGUGGAGAGGCUUACCACCAACUCUAGUUAUGGCUGUUCCAAACACAAUGAUUUAUUUUACUCUUUAUGAUCAGCUUAAAGUGGUGUAUGGAUUUAAAGAGGGAGAGGAAAACUUUUGGUCACCAAUGUGUGCUGGAGUUACUGCUCGAACUGCCUCCAUCACAUGCAUAUCACCAAUAGAAAUGAUCAGAACCAAACUGCAAUCAAGAAAGGAAUUUAGUUAUAAAGAGCUUGUAAGUGUUAUUAAGAAUGCCAUUCAGCAAGGGGGAAUGUUAUCACUCUGGCAUGGAUUAGGACCUACACUGCUCAGGGAUGUACCAUUCUCAGCUGUUUAUUGGAUGGGCUAUGAAGUCCUAAAAUCAAAGUUUGCUGAGCCAGGAUUUAUUGCUAGUUUUUCAUCGGGAGUGCUGUCUGGAGCUAUGGCUGCAUUGAUAACAACGCCAUUUGAUGUGGUUAAAACACACAGACAGAUGGAACUUGGUGAACUUGUGUUUA